GUUACGUGUGGUUGCCUCUAAAUUUAAGUACCUACUGGCACGCGAUUGCCAGCCAAAAUUAACAGUUAUAUUUUUUAGUUUUCUUUAUUGCUUGGCUUAACUGUAUCACUGUGUUGGUUACGUACUCAAAAUCAUAACGCUGCAGUUAACCUUUUUAUUGCCAAAUUGAGCAGUAAGCAAAACGUAAAACACAAACCAAGAAUUCAAAAUGUGCAGUGCCAAAAGCAGAGACGCCCAAUCCGGUUCAGACAGCCGUCCCCCCGUAGACUCGGAGAUGAAGCGAACAGAAAUCGAUGAAGUUGCUGAGGUCAAAGUGACGUUCAACACCCGCGUGCGGAACCGGCUGGAGCAGCUGCUGGGUACGGACAUGCUGCGCCUCAACGACCGACAGUACAUGCGGACACUGAUGAAGCGCAUCUACGAGAACCAGGAGAACAGUCUGCAGACCAGGACAGAGGAGCGCCAGAUACAAGAGAUCAAACGGUUAAAGACCUUAGUGGAAGAUAUGAAGAUGGAAAAGCCUCCAGACAUGACAGAGUCAGCCUUUGUGGUAUCAUUCAAGAAGACAAAAGCUGAACUAGAAAAAGUUCAAAGGAGGCAGUUCAACAAGCGGCACAACAUCAAACACCGGAAGACGGUGUCGUGCUCAGAGCUGGACAGUGAGGACGAGAUGUCCUUGGACGUGGCCGAGCUGACCACCAACGAGAGGUUCCACGAGUCCAGCUUUGCAGGCACCACACGUGACCUUUCGCCAGAGGAAGACGACUCGCUGGAGGAGGAGGAACGGGCCAAGGAGAUGGCAGAGCUUGCCAAAAAGUUCGGAAAAUAUGAGGAGCCGUUGGUGAAGCUGCUGUAUGAAGAAGGGACUGUCCCAAAGCUCUACGACUUGGCGGAGAUUAUUCUGGUGAAGCCUCCUAAGCCUAAAAAGAAGGGACGUAUGCAGGAAGAACAAGAAGAAGAAGAACAAGAAGUUGACGAAUCAGGGGACCCGGCAGAGGACAGCACUGGAACUGACGAAGACGGAGAAGGCGAAGAUGACGAGGUUACUGAUGAGAACGAGGGAGAUGAUGCCAAUGUUGAGGGCGAAACCGUUGCUGGAGAAGAAGCCGCCACCGAAGGUGGAACUGCUUCUGAUGGUGCCAGUGCAGAGGGUGCAACGCCCGCUGAAGGUGAAGCUCCUGCCGACGGUGCAGCGCCUGCUGAGGGUGAGACGGUACCCGACGGUGCAGCGCCUGCUGAGGGUGAGACGGUACCCGGAGGUGCAGCGCCUGCUGAGGGUGAGGCGGUACCCGGAGGUGCAGCGCCUGCUGAGGGUGAGGCUGUACCCGGAGGUGCAGCGCCUGCUGAGGGUGAGACGGUACCCGGAGGUGCAGCGCCUGCUGAGGGUGAGGCUGUACCCGGAGAUGCAGCGCCUGCUGAGGGUGAGGCGGUACCCGGAGGUGCAGCGCCUGCUGAGGGUGAGGCGGUACCCGGAGUCACAGCGCCUGCUGAGGCUGAAGUCGCAACUCCUGCUGAGGGUGAAGCUGCGGCAGCCGAAGGUGCCGCCACGGCCGAUACUUCCGGAGAGAGAGGCACUGCCGAAGAGGGCGAGGAUGCUGAAAACUGCACCGCUGCCGAGGAGGGGGCUGCUGCCGAGGAGGGGACCGCUGCCGAGGAGGGCGCCGCUGCUGAGGAAGGUGCCGCUGCCGAGGAGAGCGCCAAUGCCGAGGAGGGUGUCGCUGUCGAGGACGGUGACGCCGCCGAUGAGGACGCCACUGCGGAGGAAGAGGCCGCUACCGAGGAGGCCAACGCUACCGAGGAGGGUGCCGCUGCUGAGGAGGGUGCCACUGCCGAGGAGGGCGCCACUACUGAGGAAGGGGCCGCUGCCGAGGAGGGUGCCGCUGCAGAGGAGGGGGGCGCUGCUGAGGAUAGAAUGGCUGUCGAGGAGGGUGCUGCUGCAGAGGAGGGCGCCGCUGCAGUGGAGGGCGCCGCUGCGGAGGAGGGCGCCGCUGCCGAGGAGGGCGUCGCUGCUGGUGAGGCGGAUGUCAGUGGUGAGGGAUCAGCUCCGGAUGAGAACAGCGAGACGUCUCCCAGCUCGGAAACAACCGACACCUCUCCGACAACUGGCGACACAUCGGAUGACGCAGAGUCACCCGAAGGCACGACCGAGGGUGCCGGCUCAUAGACGACCCUCAGAGAGCUGGGCGUGCUACUCAGAAAGCUGUGCUACUCGUCUGAUUCGACUUCCGGACAUAAAGGCCUUCGGGACAUGUAUUUUGUAGCGGACUAUGACCGAAAUGAUAGGAUCUGAGCGUCUAUAUUCGCGGGUUUUGGGUGAAUAUGGAAGUGCUAUUGAUGAUCACGCACAACGUUGCAAUAGGUCUUAGAGCAAGCACUUCCACACAACCUAGACACUACACUAGACGUUUUAGGCUAUUUCAUCGCAUAUUUUGGCAAUAAUUUUUGCAUUCCGUGUGCUUUUUAUCGUGCUAUGUUUCAUGGUCUAAUACAAUACUAAGGGACUCGUCAA